UGGAGCUCUCCACUUUACACAUUAAACAGCAGCUCGCGCGUUAUACUAGAGCUCACAGUUUACCUGAGUGAAGAAAAACUGAUCAGACUCACUUCUCAUUCUUGAAGCUGGAAUAAAUCCGACAACCUCAGGAUCAAGGAGUUGAAUUUAAGGAGCAUCAUGCCAGUACGGAGGGGACACGUCGCGCCUCAGAACACCUUCCUGGACACCAUCAUCCGAAAAUUUGAGGGCCAAAAUCGUAAGUUCAUCAUAGCCAAUGCACGAGUAGAGAACUGCGCCAUCAUCUUCUGCAAUGACGGAUUCUGCCACAUGUGUGGCUACACACGUGCUGAGGUGAUGCAGAAGUCAUGUACCUGCAGCUUCCUGUAUGGGCCUCACACAGGCAGGUCUGCUGUGGCCCAGAUGGCUAAAGCAUUGAUAGGCUCAGAGGAGAGGAAGGUGGAGAUCUCCCUCUAUAGGAAAGAUGGAGUGUGUUUCCUGUGCUUGGUGGAUGUUGUUCCAGUCAAGAAUGAGGAUGGACUGGUCAUCAUGUUCAUCCUGAAUUUUGAGCUGGCAGACCAGAAGAACAGCACUGCUGACAAUUCACCACUGAAAGAGCACAACCACAGAUUCUCAAUUCCAUGGCUUUCUAAAGGUGCUCACUUUAGAUACACAAUAUACAUAUUAGUCUGGAUUCCUUUGUGGCCACCUUUCAAGCCAUUAAUGUCUAUUAAUCUCUUUGCCUCAGCUUGUAAACCCAGGUUCAGGCUGCCCCGGCCUUUGUUUAACUCUCUGAGCAGCAGCAAGUCGUCUCUGCCUGAUGAUGCUGAGUUGGGUCACAUUCACAAGAUGCCUCACAUGGGCCAUGAGUCAGUGGCCCUGGACAAACUUUUAUCCCUGCCAGAACGUUCGGCACUAGGUCGGCUUCCAUUGCUCUUGUGGGAUGAUGAACCCCCUUUAGAUCCUCACUGUGAGCUUCAGUCUUCACCACCAUCCCAACCCCCAUUCCAUGGUUUUUUGCAGUCCUCCCCAUGGCUAGACUGCCCAAAGAAUUCACCCUCCAACUGCAGCAUGUCCCACAGCCGCUCAUGUGAAAGCCUUUGUAGCACACGUCAAUUGCCCUCUACCAGUGUCUGCACCUGGGACAGGAAGCUUCCCAUCAGACCCAACAGCAUGGGUGCCAUGCAUUGUAAAGCCAGUUUGCCUAAUUCAACAUCAGAUUCGGACCUGGUACGGUUCCGCAUGGUCAAUACGAGUCCUCUAGCAUCACACAAAUUAAUCGAAUUCAAACCAGAUCCUUUGGUGACUCUCCCUUCCAGUGAGAUUGAUAUAAUUGCACCUUGCAAGCUGAUUGAUCGUACCCACAAUGUGACUGAGAAAGUCACUCAGGUUCUGUCUCUGAGUGAUGAUGUCCUCCCUGAGUACAAGCUUCAGGCUCCCCGCAUUCACAAUUGGACCAUCCUGCACUACAGUCCCUUCAAGGCUGUAUGGGACUGGGUUAUUCUGUUACUGGUUAUCUACACGGCCAUCUUCACACCAUACUCAGCAGCCUUCCUGCUAAGUGAUGAGGAGGAGGCUGCCAGGCAGCGCUGUGGAUACUCCUGCAGUCCUCUCAAUGUGGUGGAUCUCAUUGUAGAUAUAAUGUUUGUUAUUGAUAUUAUCAUUAACUUUCGCACAACUUAUGUCAAUACCAACGACGAGGUGGUCAGCCAGCCCGGCCGCAUCGCUGUGCACUACUUUAAAGGCUGGUUCCUCAUUGACUUGGUGGCUGCAAUUCCAUUUGACCUGCUUAUCUACCGCUCUGGAGAGGAGACAACCACUUUGAUUGGUCUGCUGAAAACAGCUCGGCUGCUGCGAUUAGUACGUGUGGCACGUAAACUGGACCGGUACUCAGAGUAUGGAGCAGCAGUGCUGUUCCUGCUCAUGUGCACCUUUGCAUUAAUUGCACACUGGCUGGCAUGUAUCUGGUAUGCUAUAGGUAACGUGGAGAGAAGUGGUUCAUCUCGAAUCGGCUGGCUACACUCACUGGGAGAACAGCUUGGCAAGCCUUAUAAUGAGACAAUUCCAGCCUCUGGACCAACCAUUAAAGACAAGUAUGUCACUGCGCUUUACUUCACCUUCAGCAGUCUGACCAGUGUGGGCUUUGGUAAUGUCUCACCAAACACCAACUCUGAGAAGAUCUUCUCAAUUUGUGUUAUGCUCAUUGGUGCAUUGAUGUAUGCCAGUAUCUUUGGGAAUGUGUCAGCUAUUAUCCAGAGACUUUACUCUGGAACUGCUCGCUAUCACACCCAGAUGCUACGGGUGCGAGAGUUCAUUCGCUUCCACCAGAUCCCCAAUCCACUAAGGCAGCGACUAGAAGAGUAUUUCCAACAUGCUUGGUCCUACACCAAUGGCAUUGAUAUGAAUGCUGUGCUUAAGGGUUUUCCUGAAUGCUUGCAAGCAGACAUUUCUCUGCAUCUGAACCGCACUCUGCUACAGAACUGCAAAGCUUUCAAAGGCUCCACCAAAGGCUGCUUACGUGCCCUAGCCAUGAAAUUUAAGACAACCCAUGCCCCACCAGGAGACACUUUGGUCCAUGCAGGCGAUGUCAUUUCAGCCCUCUACUUUAUCUCCCGAGGCUCCAUUGAAAUCCUGAGGAGAGAUGUGGUAGUAGCCAUCCUGGGAAAGAAUGAUGUAUUUGGGGAACCCAUUAAUUUGUACACAAAGCCUGGGAAGUCGUGCGCUGAUGUAAGAGCACUGACCUACUGUGAUCUGCACAAAAUACAGAGGGAGGAUGUUCUGGAGGUGCUGGACAUGUAUCCAGAAUUCUCUGAUUACUUCUGGAGCAACCUGGAGAUCACCUUCAGCCUUAGAGAUACUACAACAAUUUCUGGAUCUGUGAAAAGUGAAGAGUCCGAAAAGGACUACAUGAAACAACAUAUGAACAGAUCUGCAUUUUCCUACCAUCACAAUAAUGAGAAAGAUAACACAGUGAAGACAGAAGCCAAACUCAACAGGAUGACUAUUCAGCCUUUGAGAAACAUGCAGCAUGAUGAAAAAGGACAAAAGGUUCAUCAGGAUUUGGAUUCCUCAUCCUCUCAAACCAGCAGUGAUGAAGAGAAUGAGUCUAGACAAACGUUCUUCCACAGUCAUGCUCCCAAAUUGUGCAGAGAGCAGACAAGCUGUAACAAUUUCUCAGGUAGUCUACAAAGCAACAUAAACUACGUGCUGGUUUUUUUUUCAGGGGUCUCCAACAUCUUUAGUUUCUGGGGAGAAAGUCAUGGGCAUCGGUACCAGCAGGUGCCAAGCCACAGUAUGUCCUGUCCUCCUCCCUCAUCUUCAUCUAUGGGUUUCUCGCACAAGAUCACCCACCGUCAAUGCAGUGAGGUGGAAAACAAGCUGGAACUGCUGCAGAGACAGCUUCAUAGCCUGGAGUCUCGUAUGUCCACAGACAUUGGAGCCAUCAUGCAGUUUCUUCAGAGGCAGAUGGCUCUUGUUCCACCAGCUUAUAGUGCCGUGACUUCUCCACCCGAAUCAUCCACAAAUCCAGCUAAACUUGGACAAAAGCUUGUGCAACCAGUCAAUCCUUUAGAAACAGAGAGAUCAGCCAUUCACUCUCAGAUAUGUGAUCCUGUGGAUACUGGUGACAUCUCUAAGUCUUUUGAGCUGCUGCAGGAUAGCGAGGAGUUCCAGCUGCUAGAUUGUUCACGGUCUUCCACUCCUGAGAGUCAGGGGUUUGACCCGAAAAUCCAAAAUGCUUGUGAAGGGCGACUGAGCAAGUCCAGUAGUCCUGAAAGGCUUACCAGUUUCAUGACCACUGUUCCUGACAGGCAGCCUGAGGACGUGAUUGGUCCUCUGUGGAAUCCUACUCUAGAAAGGGGGCUCUGUGAAACUAUUAACCAUCAACACCCUCGACUGAGGCAAGAUUCGAUGUCUUCUGAAAGUGCAAGACGUCUUUCUUUGCAAGGUCAAUGCACAACAACGAAGUGCUCCUCAGUUCAGCAAAGGCAUGCUUCUGAUCCUGGAUGUUAAAAGUUGAUUUUCAAUAUCAUGACUAGGCAUGUGCCAAGUCAUUAUUUUAAUAUCUUGUUUAAGGAUAAAUAAGCUUCCUUGUUUAGAAAAAUUUUAAAUUUGUAUGUUUUUUUUUCCAGAUUGAUAUGAAUUUUUUUUAAAAAAAUAAACAAAAUUAAUUGCUAAGAAAUCAAAUGUCUUCCAUGAUGCCCUCAAAUAAUAAAGUGCUAAAAUCCUGGCCAACAUCCUAGUGGAGAGACCAAACACAGGUUUAACUUGCUAUUGGGAAUGCAGCAGUAAAUGCAAUACAACAAAAUAUAAUAAAACAUAUCAUACACUUCUCCACUUCUGACAAGACUGAAUCAACCAUGACAGCAAUAUUGUUUAUGUUGAAUAUCGUGGUGCAUUAUAUACCUGAUAUUUACACAUGCCUAGUCAUUAACAAAGUGUGUGUAGCUGGCAAUUUGUAUUCACUAGAUUACAGGUGGCAUUAUUGUUUGCUAUACAAAACUGACUUAUGUCCAUAGCUUUAGGUAAAUGUUUGAGUUCACUUGGGUUACCUGAGAAAUGGUUCCAGGCUCAGCAAUAAAGCGACUCAAAGUAUAUUAAACCUUUUAUUUUUAGCAAUAUACAGUGCUUUGAAUUUAACUCUGGUAGCAAAAUGAAAAGUGCAUAGGUCAAAAUACCUCAGAUUAAGUGAUUCUAGUAGAAAGUAAUCCUUGA